CUCAGCUCUCUACAUCUGAAUGAGAAACUAUAUCUGACAGAUAAAGACAUGAAUUCAUAUUGUUUCCUUAAAGUUAUAAAAGAAGUUAACAAAGAACUUUCAGAAUAGAACACCCAUAGGGAACCCUUGAACUCAAAGCUUCAUCGUCACCUAACCUGACCAACCUUGUCUUUUAAGCAACUAUUUCAUACCCAAAGAUCCCAAUUCAUCAUUGUCUUUUUUUUCGUCAUAUAAUCUAUUCUAAAGGACAUUUAAAAAUUUAAUUGUUACCAGAGAAACACAGUUCUCAGGAGCUCCAGGCUUGUGCUCCCUCCACUUGGAAGCUGAUCUUUUCAUAUGGGAUCUGUUCAAACGCCAAUUGGAAUAAGAAGUUCAGCAUUGCUUGAGACAUCAUGCGGAUAUUUGCUGCAAGAAUUACAGAUGAUUUGGGAUGAAGUUGGAGAUGAUCAGUUUGAGAGAGAAAAGGUUUUACUGGACAUUGAACAGGAGUGCCUGGACGUUUACAGAAGGAAAGUUGACAAUGCAAACAUCUCCAGAGCUCGACUGCAUCAAGAAUUGGCAGAUUCAGAAGCUGAGUUCACCCAUCUCCUUUUGUUACUGGAUGAAAGAUCACUCACUGGAAGGCCAGAAAAGAUGGCUGGAACACUAAAAGAACAGCUAGAGUCGAUUGCACCUGCUCUGACAGAGAUGCGAAUUAGAAAAGAAGAAAGGGUGAAACAAUUCAGAGCUGUACAAGGACAAAUUCAGAAGAUUUCUGCUGAAAUAGCAGGUCAAUCAGAGUACAAUGAUUUGUCAUCAAAUGUUUUAGUAAAUGGGAAUGAUCUAUCACAAAAGAAACUAGAAGAGUACCAGAACGAGCUUCAGCGGCUUCAAAAUGAGAAGAUUGAGAGACUUCAAAAGGUUGAAAACUACAUUAGCAUGAUCCGGAGCUUAGCAGCAAUGCUGGGAACAGAUUCUUCUUUGAUCAUUACAAAGGUUCAUCCAAGCCUGAAUGUGUUAUCUGGACUGUCAAAAAACAUUAGUGAUAGUAUAUUGGAAAAACUUAGCAGCACAGUUCGGUCAUUAGAAGCAGAUAAGAAAGCAUGGCUUGAAAAGUUACACCAACUAGGAAAAGCAUUGACAAACUUGUGGAAUCUCAUGGACACACCACAGAAAGACCGUGUAAGGUUCUCCAAUGUCACUGCUUUGAUAUCAUUGUCGUCAGAAGAUAUUUCCACUCCUGGAAGUCUUACUCUGGACAUAAUACAGCAGGCUGAGACAGAAGUCAGGAGACUGGAUCAGCUAAAAGCAAGCAAGAUGAAAGAACUUUUCCUUAGAAAACAAAUAGAUCUUGAGGAGAUCUGCAAGCGAUCCCACAUGGAAAUUCCCUCACGGCUAGAGAUGGAAAGUAUUAUGAAACUAAUGAACUCUGGGGAGAUUGACCAUGCUGAUCUCCUCACAAGCAUGAAUAAACAGAUAACACAAGCACAAGAAGAGGCAUCUAGCAGGAAGGCUAUAAUGGAGAAGGUAGAAAAAUGGAUAUUAGCUCGUGAUGAGGAGCGAUGGUUGGAAGAGUAUAGCAGGGACGACAACCGGUAUUCUGUGAGCAGAGGUGCUCACAAGAAUUUGAGAAGAGCAGAACGGGCCAGAGUCAUGGUUAACAAAAUACCAGCUUUGGUGGAUAUGCUGAUAGCCAAGACUAAAAGCUGGGAAGAAGAAAGAAAGAAACCUUUUCUAUAUGAUGAGGUACCGCUGUUUGCAAUGUUGGAAGAGUAUAAUUUGCUAAGGAAAGAAAGAGAUGAAGAGAAACAAAGACAACGGGAAAAGAAGAAAGUGCAAAAUCAGGUGCCGGUUGGGCAAGAAAAUGUCUUUGUCCUUAGGCCAAGCACCAGCAGCAAACGUCUUUCAGAUAGAAGCCUAAAUGGAGGGUUCAACAAUGCUACACCUGUAGAUAGAAAGUCUUCUUUGGGUAUACAACAGCUGGUAUCAACUCCCAUUAACACACCACAGCAAAGCAUUUCUUUGUUAAAGGAAUCGAAGAAAGAACACCACACAAAGAUCAUAUCCCGUAGUCGUUUUGCUUUUCAUCCAGGAGAUGAUUCAGCUUCAGUAGUCUCAUCAUUUUCAGGCCCCUUUUCUCCUUAGAGUUUGUUGUGUUUGAUUUUGAAUUUAUUUGAGUUCACUAAUUUGAUAAAUUCAGAUAAAUCCUUAAUAGGAAAGUAAAAUCAUGCAAAAGAUAAUUUACAUUGUCUAGAAUUUCUACAACUUUGUCACUUUAUUCAGAAGGACACAAAUAGAAGGGGGGGGGGGGGUAGUUACUGGGAGUUCCCAGUAUGUACAAAUACAAAUAAAAAACCAAGUAGUGUCUUGUUCCCUGGUUACAAGCAUCAAUACAUUCACUCUUUGUUUGUUUUUGCUCAAA